AUGAAAUACGAUUAAAAAAUAAAGUAAUUAGAGAAGUUCUUAAUUAUCAAAAAAGUGUCUGAUAACCCUAAGUAUUAAAUUUUAUUAAUAACUUUAAGAUUUGGAGCAAAAUAGAGUAAUAGAUUGAUAAUUAGAGAAUAAGCUAUGAAAGCAAGAUAAAAUGAAUUAUAAGAUGCAGUAAAUAGAAAUUUUGAUUUACUUGGAUAUGGUUAUGAAUUCAAUAAAGUUGAUAAGAAGAAUGCUUUAUAAACUGAAAAGUUCCUUAAACACUUUUUAGACUUAGAUAAUGAAGAAGAUCAUCUUCCAAAAAUCAAUAAACAUUAAACAACUAGAACAGAAUUAACUCAAAUAUCAACUGAAGAGAGAUUUCCUUAAAUGAUAAGUACUAUUCCUACUCUUUAUUGCAAUUAGAUAAUGAAAUCUUGUGAAACUGUUAAAGGGUAUAGUUAUGUUUAAAUAAUAUAGGGAUAUUAAGAAAUUAAAAAGAGUUAAUAAGAAGACAAUAAAAACAAACUAAUUUCAAAUGAAUAAAAUGCUGAAUAGAUUAGUAACAAUACAAACAACGAAUUUUUUGAAUAAUGAAUUGAUUUUAUUAUGA